GUUGUCACCUGUGCCAAACCUGUUUAUCUGGCUCAUUGUAGUCAGUGGCAGAACACAAAUCCUGCUCGUUGACGCGGAUAUUUGAUUUAUUUUUAGCUGCUUCGUUUGGCUGGCACUUUAACUGAAUUGUAUUAAGUUUUAACUACUUUAAUUUUACGUUUUCAGGCUCUAUAACAAUAAAGUUGUACUUUGCCGGCGUAUGUGUGUGGACUUCGACCUGAGCGAAGAGACACCUGUUAUCAACAACACGGAAGUCCAGUGGAACUGGACCUGCGGUCGAUGAAGACGACCUAAUGGCUGCGCUUCUUCCUCGCUUCAUCUGAAGGACAAUUUAUUCCUCAGCAAUUCCUGUGUUUAACGUUGGCAUUGCGACAAAUCUGGAUUUGUUUGCUCUUAGAGUAGUUUAACAGACAUCGAGAAUCGACCCUUCCGGUGACAUGAUGAAUGUUUCCAUGGAAGAUGUGGGUCUAUUGUCAGAGAAUAGCUCUGUUCUUCGUCAGCCACUUCUCCUGGAGAAGUCAGAAGCAUCUAACGUGACCAUCAUCGUCUCUGCUAAUGGGUCUGUUCAUGACCAGAUGUUCCUGAACACAGUGGCCGCUCAGGCUCUUUCAGGGAUUUUUGUCUGGUCGGCCUUGCUCAUAACCUUCCACCAGAUCUACACACACCUUCGAUCCUACACAGUCCCCAAUGAGCAGCGCUACAUCAUUCGCAUACUCUUAAUUGUGCCGGUGUACUCCUUCGACUCCUGGCUAAGCUUACUCUUCAUCAGCAAUGAUCAGUACUACGUCUACUUUGACUCCAUUCGAGAUUGUUAUGAAGCAUUUGUGAUUUACAAUUUCCUGAGCUUGUCCUUUGAGUAUCUGGGAGGAGAAAGUGCAAUCAUGGCUGAAAUCCGAGGAAAGCCAAUAGAGUCCAGCUGUCUCUAUGGUACAUGCUGCCUUGGUGGUAUGAGCUACUCCAUUGGAUUCCUAAGAUUCUGCAAACAGGCGACUCUUCAGUUCUGUGUUGUCAAACCCAUCAUGGCGGUGAUCACCAUCAUCCUUCAGGCCUUUGGCAAAUACCACGAUGGAGACUUUAAUGUGAAUGGAGGCUACCUGUACAUCACCAUCAUCUACAACUUCUCAGUCAGCCUCUCCCUCUACGCCCUCUUUCUCUUCUUCUUCGCCACCAGUGACCUGCUCAGGCCGUAUGAGCCCGUGCUUAAGUUCCUCACGAUCAAAUCGGUCAUCUUCUUAUCGUUCUGGCAAGGCAUGGUGCUGGCCAUCUUGGAACGCUGCAGCGUCAUUCCCAAUGCUCUCGUCAUCGAUGGAAACAAGGUCGGUGCCGGCACUGUGGCUGCAGGCUGGCAGAACUUCAUCAUCUGCAUAGAAAUGUUCUUCGCUGCUAUCGCCCUGCGGUACGCCUUCACCUGCACCGUCUACCAGGAGAAAAAGAACGAAGUGCCGGAGACCAUCCCUCCCAUGCAGAGCAUUUCCAGCGGUCUGAAGGAGACCAUAAAUCCCGGGGACAUGGUGCAGGAUGCCAUCCACAACUUCUCCCCGGCCUACCAGCAGUACACCCAGCAGUCCACGCAGGAGGUGGUUCAGCCCAGCGCCAACGGGAAGGCGGCCACGGGCAACAAAACCCCCCACAAGUCUGACAAAAUCAUGCUGAUUACCUCCGACGAUGAAUUCUAGGCUUCACUCCAGCUCGGAUCCAGGUGCGUGUGUUCCUGCCGCCCACUCUCCGCGACCCCCUGGGGGGAACAGCUGGAUCACGUAUCUGAUCCUGGUGUCUAACUCCCCCUCCUCCGCCCAGUAUUUACCACAAACUGCCUAAGUCUCACCAGCAUUUUAAUACAGGAACCAAAAUAAAAAGUUAAGAAUUUAUGAUGUAACAAAUUUGUCAAACUGACUCAGAGAGUAUAAAACCAGCAGGACUCGGCAGCCGACGGCGUCUCUGUAGAGUCUGGAGGGAGGAUUUAUUUAACAAAUCAAAGGCGCCUGAUGAGCCGCCGUUCUUCCUCUGUCACUGCACCAGCGCUACCCUCUGGCCGCGUGGAGCAUUUUCCUUGUGAUUCCUUUUGCAGUGAGUCGGUGACCUUUCCGCGUAGCUCCGGGUAAAAGAAGCAGGACGCCGUGGACGAGUGGAAGUGACACUUCACAAAAACUAGUCUCGCCUACGCGUUCGAAGUUCUCACUUGGCCUUACCGCUUGACAAAUGUAAACAAAUCACACCUGGCUUUUUUUUUUUUUUUUUUUUUUUUUUUUUUUUGGAAGUGGGCCCCCGACGCUGCUCACCGGAGACAAGGACAAACAGGAUAAAUCUGCCUUCCGCCGGUGUUAUUCCUCAUUAAUAUUCCCAGCUUGCUAAAGAUCGUAAUUCAGUGCAACUCCACCAGACAGCCGUUUAGCAACGCUUCAUAAUUAGUCUUUGACGACGCGGGCCCCUCGUUUGUAACAUUUUAACAAGCCGCAGUCUCUCACUCUGUCUCUGUCUCUCUCUCUCUCUCUCUCUCUCCUCUAGUCUCAUGGGAGUUUAAACACGUUUGUACAGAAUGAGAUUUUUUUGUAAUUGUGGUGUUUUAAUGUAUAUACGUGUUUGUGUGUGAUUUUACAAAUGUGUCUUUAAUUUAUGAAGGGGAAGUUAUUUACAGUACGAGAGUGAAGGUCAGGUUGACUCAGGCGCGAACACAAACUAACGGGUGAUUUAGUUCUCCACGUUGUACUUCUUCACUACUACCUUUUUCUUAAAUUCACUUUGGACUGACGUUUGUUCUCGGUCUUGGUCGCCGCUUGAGAUUUCAAAUCACAGAAUCACAAUUUAAAAACCCAGUUUGUUUAGACGUAGGAUGAUUUUUGUUUUGUUUUUUUUGCACGGCGGGAGAAGUGGCUUGUUGUAGUUUUACCUCGCUGAUCCUGGUGGUGUCGUCACGGCGUGAAGGGGAAACGAACGGGGGAUUUUACUGCGGUUAUAAAUAAAGGCACGAUAAGUUUGUGGACUUUGUAAAUAUUGUACUGUAAUAUUCUAACAUGAGCUCUCGUGCUGGGAUAAUAAAACAACCGUGCAUACAGUACUUCCUGUUCUGUGUGUGUACACAGAUAGAAGUACCAGUCGAACUAUUUUAUGCUCACCUUCGGGUGUUUUUAAACAACAACGACAUCACUGGGCGCCAUGUAUGACACAGGGAGGGUAUACAUUUACUUUAGGUUAGAGCUGUAAAAUCCAUAUACAGGACUUUUAUUUUGACGAGCACUUUGACAUGUGUCAAGGGUCAUCUGUCAUUGUAAAAGACCACAGUCAUUUUCAAAAUAAAACUAAUUUCACACUGA